AUGUCGACGUUAUUAUCCGAGGUGGAAAGCAUGGAUACUUUGUCGUAUGUGAAGGAUACAACGGCAACAGCAGGCGAUCCGUCAUCAUCUACUAAAUUGUUGGCUCCAUCUAUACAGGAUGUGGAUGCUGACCCAGAGGAACUGAGAACACUGCGUGGCCAAGGACGUUACUUCGGAAUAAGGGAUUACGAUGCAGAUGGCGCAAUAAUGGAAGCUGAACCCAAAUGUAAUAAUUGCUCGCAAAGAGGCCAUUUGAAGAGGAAUUGCCCUCAUGUAAUAUGUACUUAUUGUGGAUUUAUGGAUGACCAUUAUUCACAGCACUGCCCCAAAGCUAUCAUUUGUUCUAAUUGUAAUGCGAAUGGCCAUUAUAAAUCACAGUGUCCUCAUAAAUGGAAAAAAGUGUUCUGCACGCAAUGUAAUAGUAAGAGACAUUCGAGAGAGAGAUGUCCCAGUAUUUGGAGGUCUUAUUUGUUGAAAACCAAAGAUUUGAGCAAUGGAAAGCUUGACUUUGAAACCGUUUUCUGCUACAACUGUGGGGAAGGCGGCCAUUUUGGCGAUGAUUGUGCGGAAAGAAGAUCAUCCAGAGUGCCGAACACCGAUGGAAGUGCGUUUUGCGGUGACAACUUAGCGGUUGAAUUCAAGCAACACUACUUCAACCAAUUGAAGAGCCAUACGAGAGAAGCCUCCGAAAGACAGAUGGCCGAAGAUGACGAUAACGACCAAGGAUUCAACCUCUACGAUUAUGAAUAUAACGACGAUGCGUAUGACUUCCCCGGUUCAAGGAAUUAUAGAGAUAAAAUGAAAUGGAAGAACAAGAUACAAUCUGCAGGAAAUAGUAAUGGUAAUGGUAAUAGUAAUGGUAACAAUAGUUAUAAUAAUAGUAAUAACAAGAAAAAAAGGUCACCGUUUGGCCCACAGAAUUACAAAGUGACGAAAAAUAAAAAAGUGCAUACACAUCCUUUAGAUUUCCCCAGGACACCCCAAAACUACAGAACAGGUGAUUAUUCUAGCAGUUCUAACUAUAACAGACAAGAAUUUCCAAGGGGACCUAAGAACAAAAGGGGCCAGUCUUACUCUAACAAAGGCCAAAGAAAUGGACGUUAUUAA